AUGCACAUGGCAGAGUAUGAGGCGCUGCCUGCUGAAUGCGCCAAAGCUCUCAAAGCCCUGUCUGCACUUGCUUAUGCAAAUGCCCGCGCGGUUGGCCAGGACGAGAAGGUGUUGCCUACUUUGCUUCGCGUGGUCAAGCUCCACUCCGCCGAGAGUGCAGUUCAGCUCACGGCAAUGAGAGCAGUCUCGAACAUGGCCUACGACCAGGAAAUCGCGCUGACGAGAUUAGCUCAAGCUGAUGUCAUGGGCCAGCUUCUGUCUGCGAUGGCAUCGAAGGCUGAGCCCAAGGAGAUUGGUGCCAGGGCCAGCGAGGCUUUGGCCAGAAUUAUCGCAGCAGAGGUUAAACCAGAGAGCGAGGGCGGGGGUCCACCGCCCGAGCAGCCGGUGCAGCUGCCAUCCGGCUCCACUGGUGCUUUGUGUGGGCUGUUUUUGGCAGCCUGUCGCGGUGAGGCCGCUAGCAAAGAGAUUGUGCCACAGCUGCUGGCGCAGCUGGCCUCAAACGAGGUCAUAGAAGCCAAGCAAGCUGCAGAGGGCUUCACGAGAAGCGAGCAGGAAUGUAAGCUUGCUGUAGACGGCGUUGGCUGGUUGACGCUUGCCAAAAUCUUGUCUCCAAAUGAUACAGUGCGGGAUUUGCCAGCAGCACUUGUUGAAGCAGGAGCGAUACGAGCUGCUGCCAGCAUCAUGGCACGCUUCAUUGGCGACAGCAUGGUACAAUUGACCGGGAUAGAAGCCAUGUCGAGCUUGGUCGGCAACCGAUGGGCCGGUCUGCGAGCGUUUGCCGACGUUGGAGGCAUGGAGCGGGUGGAGGAAGCCAUGCGGCACCACGGCCAAGAUACAUUGAUACAAACCAAGGGCGUGCGAGCCCUUGGCAGCGGGGUCCAAUGGCCACAGGAUGUACAAGAGCGAGCUCGCUAUUCCUACAGGCGCGCCGUAGAGUUGACCAAGACAGCGAUGUCGCAGCACGGCAUGGAUGCCGAGCUUCAGAUCGCUGCUUUAGAGGCGCUUGCCAAGUAUCUGGACAAGACCAGAUGUGUGAGUGAAAUCAAAGAUGCUGGAGGUGAGGGCCUUGUGAAGAUGAUGAUGACGACUCAUCACUCAAAUGCAAAGGUUCAGCAGUGGGGCCGGCACGUGCUCACGGGCAUUGGGGCCGACCCGAAUUGGGCGCCAAAGACGAGUGCCGCAACGAGUUGA